AUGAAAACUGCGGACCACGAGUCAUUGGAUGACUUUCCAUGGAUCGAGUUCGACGCCAAAACUCAUACUAUUUAUGCUCUUCCAGUUGAUGUUACGAUUGGCAAAUAUGAAUUUUUGAUGUUUGCAUUUGACAGCGAAGGGUUGAAAACGGUAGAUGCUUUCGAGUUUCAUAUCAACCCAACAUCCGUCGCGCCCAACCACCAAUUUGGUCUCGUUCUAGACGCUGAUUUCAAGAAUUUCGAUAAAAGUGCUGCAACUAGGGUUAAGCUGUUCUUGGAGAUUGGUAACUAUUUCGGGGACCAUUUCAACACCUCUUAUCGUGACAUUCGUGUAGAGAAAUAUGAGAAAGUUUGGGUGAAAGUAUCUUUGCCGGAACCUACAACCGUCGAUCCGAAUGUCGUGGGCAGAACUGACGAUGAUGACGAUGGAACGUGGUGGGAAUACACGAUCAUUCCAGCAUUUGUUGUUGCCGGUUUGAUCCUCAUCAUCGGACUCGAGAAGAACGAAAAUGUUGUAUUCGUUCAGAGGAAGAAACCUGCUGUGUUUAGAGAGGAAUAUCCGAUGAGGGAAGUGUAUGGUAAUCAACCCCUGAUCACACCUAACGAGAAAGCGCCUCUUCCCCCUCCUGCCUACCCUCGGAGUUCAACCCCAACUGAAGAUCCAAGUGAACGUCUGUUAAGUGACAGUUCGCCGUCAUAUCAACCGCCAUUCGACAGUGGACAUGAACCUGCAGGAAAUUCUCGCCCAUCGGUAGCUAGUUACCGUUUGCCUCCUCCUUAUGUGGCUCCAUAA